GUUAAACUGAAUUUUUGCCUUCCGCAGAUGUACACACAUACACGGCGAAAUGUUUGACAGUCUGAUUGCAAGUGUUCAAAGUGCAUAUCAGAGUAACGACCAUAUCAUAAAAUAAAGAUGAACGUUCCUGAAAAUUAUCGUCGAUAUCCAUGAUAAUGAAAGAAAGUACCAAGAGAAAUUAAAAAGCGAUAAUAACUGAACGAAGAAAAUGGAACUGAGGAAAUACUUUUGGACAAAACAGUUCAUCUUGUUAACAUUUUUCGUCACGACUCUCAUCUGGAUCACAUUCAAGUACAACGGGUGCCUCCUGGGCGGCUUGUCGCGAAAAUUAACACUUCAGAGGAGUCAACAGGCGGACUCUUAUUCCGAGACGCUGUUGUUGCGAUCACCCAGCCAAGUGAAGGUUGAGGAAAUCCCGUUGGACAACAUCGCGAGCCUCGAUCCACGCACGACAAAAGUCCAGCUGGUCCCCUUAUGGUCAAACAACGAGACCCUGCUACGAGAGUUAAUCGACGUUGCUCCGAAGUAUCAAAUCCUCAGACAACAGGGACUCAGACCCGGAAGACAACUGCCCGUAGCCCUAAUAAUCGGAGUUAAGAAGGGAGGCACCAGGGCACUUCUGGAAUUCCUUAGACUCCAUCCAGACAUCAGAGCCGCCGGUUCCGAGGUCCAUUUCUUUGACCGACACUACUCCAAGGGUUUUCAUUGGUAUAGGCAUCGCAUGCCGCCGACCCUGGAGGGCCAAGUAACGAUGGAAAAAACACCAUCAUAUUUCAUAAGAGAGGAAGUGCCUCGUCGAGUACAGCACAUGAAUCCAGGCACGAAGCUGAUCGUAGUUGUUCGAGAUCCGGUGACCAGAGCAAUAUCCGACUACACCCAGGUGAAAAGUAAGCGCGUGAAAAUGCCGCGGUUCGAGGAGUUGGCCUUCCUAAACGAUUCCCAAGUCGUUGAUACCUCCUGGGGACCGCUCAAGAUCGGCGUGUAUGCGAAGCACCUGGAGCACUGGCUCCUCUACUUCCCACUUUCCCAGCUCCUAUUUGUCAGCGGUGAACGUUUGAUAGCCGACCCGGUAGCCGAGAUCGCGAGGGUCCAGGAUUUCCUCGGCUUGAAACGGGUAAUUUCGGAAAAACACUUCUACUUCAACUCGACGAAGGGAUUUCCCUGCCUCCUCAAGUCGGAGGGACGAUCCAGUCCGCACUGUUUGGGUAAAACGAAGGGGCGAAGCCAUCCCCACAUAGAUCCAGCAGCAGUGCAACGUCUCAGGGAUUUUUAUCGGCCUUUUAAUCAACGAUUCUAUCAGCUAACCGGAAUGAAUUUUGGAUGGCCGUAGACUGUUUGCAGAGGCUGUGGAACUGUUUGGCCUGAAUUAAACAUAGACAUAUCUUAGGAUUAUAGCGAGGAGGAACUCAGUCAAUUUUUAACGCUAAUCUCGUAAUUAUAUUUAUAUAACAAGGCGAUGCGAUAUUACUGUUCAAAAAUAUUCCAAUGCCGAUGGCUAUAAUUUUUUUCCUUUAAAAAUAACUCACCUAUACUGGUUGUACCUAACAAUAAUGUAUAUAUAUAUACCUUAUGUAGACACUAUAUUAUAUACGUAACGAGAAAUCAGGUCCCGCGGCGUUUAACGAUGUUAGAGUGAUAUUAAAUUUAUCUUCAAAUGCACGCGUAUGAAGUAAUUCUUCAAUAGUCAGUUUAAUUGUAUAAUUAUUAGAUCCAGCGCGAUGGUGGAUUCGAACGCGGUUAA